UCAAAGCGAGUUGCUUACAGAAAGUGUACGGUUCGGUGAUUAAUAUCAACUUUUUCUGUAAAUAUCUACAAAAACAUUAGUGAAAGUUGUGAUAGUUUGUUUAGUGUUUAACACGCAUAUGUGUAUUAACAAUGUGACUUUAUUCCUCGUUAAGUGAUCUUAUUCACAUCACAUCAAAUAGCUAGACGGAUGGACCGCAGUGGGCAAAAUUGGCACGAUGAUGCUAGUGCGCUUAAACAUGCGCAUGGCGCUAGCGGCGCUGUGUGGCGGAGUGCUGCUUGUCACACUUUACUGGAGUCGGUGUGGUGACCUGGCUCAUAGACCAAUAGGCUCAGUCCUGUCAUAUGCUUCGCCGGAUCGCGCGACCAACGAAAUCGAAUGCUCCAUAAACGGCGAGUACUCAGUCGCCUGUCGCCGCGACCUCGACCAGAUUUACGUGCCCUUUUCCUUUUUACACAAAUACUUUGAGAUUUAUGGUAAACUGACGUUUGUCGACGGAACGGAGAAGUUUGAGUGGUCCCACAGUUACAGUAAAGUGUACCAUCCCAAAAAGAAAUACGAUCCUCGCGGUACAUUCACGACCUUCGAAAACUACAAUGUUGAGGUCCGGGAUCGGGUGAAGUGUAUAAGCGGCAUCGAAGGAGUUCCAGUAUCGACGCAAUGGGAACCCCGUGGCUACUUCUAUCCGACCCAGAUAGCACAAUUUGGUUUGGCGCAUUACAGCAAAAAUAUCACGGAACCCCCGCCGAGGGUCAAGAUUAUCGAUGACGGGGAUAAAUUUCUGGAAAAGUGGAUCGUAAGCCAAGACGCUGUUCUGACAAGGGAAUUUGACUCCGAGCUCAAAUCGAACGUGCUAAGGUUUUCGACAUCCGAUCAAGCCUCGAGCCAAGUUUGGUUGAAAGUUAAUAUCAGCCAAGAUUUUGUGCUAAGCAUGGACUUGCAGUUAAAACCGAACUCCUCGAUGACUGUCAUACUGCAAAAUAAAGACAAAAAGGAGACUGUUUAUUUACAUUACGUAACAAGUACACAAUUAAUAUAUGCACAGGAAGACCACACGUACUACGGAAUAGGUGUGGAUAAAAAAUGGCGUCGGAUUACUCGGGAUCUUAUUAUAGAUAUGCAAAAGGGUUGGGCGCUUCAGGAUCGACCGAAAAGAAAGUCACCGAGAAAUAAGUUUAAGAUAUCCGGCAUCAUCCUGAGCGGGUCGGGCGGCGUGAGCGACAUCCGCGUGUCGUCGAGCUCGCACACGGCGCACUUCUACGCGGCGGCGCGCUGGCUGACGGCGGCGCAGCGCGCGCGCGGCGGCUGGCCCGUGCCCGCGCGCCGCCGCGUGGCGCCCGGCGUGCCCGACCUGCGGCCCGGCUGGCACUCAGCCAUGAGUCAGGGGCACGGCAUCUCGGUGCUGUGCCGCGCGUACUACCGCAGCGGCGACGCGAGCUACCUGCGGGCGGCGCAGCGCGCGCUGCUCCUGCUCGACGUGCCCAGCGGCGCGGGCGGCGUCAAGGCGUUGUGGAUGGACAAGUACGUGUGGUACGAGGAGUAUCCCACACAACCGCCUCUAUUUGUCCUAAACGGUUUCAUCUACACGCUGCUCGGCCUUUACGAUCUCCACGUUAUGGAAGGUGAGAAUUCCGUAUCUCUAGCCAAGAAGAUGUUCGACGACGGAAUGCUGUCCCUGAAAACUUUGCUGCCGCUCUUCGACACGGGCAGCGGGAGUUUCUACGAUCUCAGACAUUUUACCUUGGGAGUCAGUCCGAACAUCGCGAGGUGGGAUUAUCACGCGACUCAUGUCAACCAGCUCUACCUACUGGCGGGACUGGAUCCUGAUCCGAUAUUGAUAAAUACGGCUAAGAGAUGGGAGGGUUACAUGCAGGGUAAACGGGCGGCACACAAUUGACAAGGCUCAACCUUGAUAAGCUUUGAGUAAACCGGCAAGAAUUUCUAGUCGAAAUUAUCUGGAUUGUAAUGCCCAUCACUUGUUUGGCUAUCAAGGAGAGAGGCUGCUUUCUGAGACGAGUACUACUUGGAGUUCUCUUCGCAUUUACAGACUUAAGAGUUGGGCAGGAGAGGAUAAAUAUCUUCGAGGAGUAACUAUAUGAUGCAUAAUACGUUUGUCUCUUUGAAGUCUUUUAUAUGCUAUUGAAGUUUUCAAGAGUUUUUUUCGUAAACAAUUGAUUAACUAAUAUUAAUAUAUUAAGUCGUAUCACAAAAAUGUUCAAUCUCAACAUUUUAUAUGAUGAACAAAAGACAAUCUACCGAAAAAAAUAUUACGUCAGGGGAAGUGUGAAUGAACGAGUAUUGCCAAAAAGACCGUAGGUUAUUAAAAUAAUUUCUAUGAAACCCAACGAUAUAACAAUGAUCACACUCAUUUCCUAAUUUUUAACGAAAUCUUUUGUACCGAAGUAUAUAAUAUAUCGAAUAGACUAAACUCAUGGCUGUCUUUCUACUAAUGUGGUAGAAAAUGAAUGUCAAAAUUUGUAUAUACAUAUUUUUAUUGAAAUAAACGGAGAAUUGGACCUAUAAUAAAUAAAAAACAAAAUUCGCAUACCAUUGAAGACUGAAAUUUUAUAAAGUACUAUGUUAUCCGUUUUUAAAACGCUUAACAUAAUCAAACACGUCAAAUGUCCCGUUAUUGAAUCAGUUAAAAAAUGUUUCAUAGUUCUAGCUUGUACGAAGUCUAUAAAGAUUUUCUUAUUAUUUACGUACUUAAUUAUAACAUUUAUAAAACGUUAAUAAGCACACUUAAUAGUUACAAGCCAUAUCACUGUAAAUAUUUAUUUAUUUUGUAAAAUAGGGGUAAGUUAUAUAUAAAUCUCAGAACACUUGUAUAAAAUAGAAUUAAUAAUUAUAUCGAAAUUAAUUUACCAAUAAGAACAAAUGUCGUCUAAUCACCAAAUUUAAAAAAAAUAAUAAUCAAUUCGUUGUGAUUGUAAAUAUAUUAAUUUUUCGCAUCACGAUGUAUGGAUUUAUCAUCGGUUGAGAAAUUAAAGACGUCAUCAAAACUCUGCUGUAAGUUGUAAUAAAAUAAUAAUUUAAAAUGUCUUGGAAUUGAAUUUCAUACAUGUAUAUUUAUAUUUUUUUAUUUUAUUUGCAUUUCAUUUACGAAUAGCAAACUCUUGCCACACAGUUUAUAGUAUAUUUAUGCAACAGAUAAUAUAUUAUUUUAAGAAGAAAGUAGUUUUCUUAAAUAAUCUGUUAAAUGUUACUAUCAGCGAGAAGUUAAAAGAAUUUGUAUAUGGUAUUUUUCGUAACAGACAACACCGGUCCCUGUCGCCAUCUUGUCGCUUAAGUUUCCUUGAAUACAUUUUAAAUCUAAUAAUAGGCUGUUUGACAAUGCGAAAAAUAAAGUGUCGAUUAUUAUAAUCAGUAUGUAUGGUUAUUCAGUAACGAAAGUUGAAAAUAAUAAUUAAUUUAUUCAAUCCAUAUAUAUCUCUCAUAAUAUCCUUUUUUAUUAAUAAAAAUGCAUUUUUUUAAAAGUUUGUCACGUGAUACAAACGCCCCUGAUUGGUCGGGUUUAUGAUAACGUUACUUGCUUGUUAACUUCGUCUGCCUACUGUAUGUGGAUUAUAUGUGCCACAGAUUACAAUACAGGCAAGUGCC